UUUAAGCAGUUUUCUUCCUUCCUGUACAAGAAACACUAACCUUGAUAACAAUAUUUUUCUACUGCUGCGGAUAAAUACAGUACUUGGUUAUAAAUUGUAUUAUGCAACGAAAUACGGCUGUACUGAUUCUGUCAUUGGUUGCACUCUGUACUGAUCGGAUUUCUCACUCCGCCCAUGCUCUCAACCUACCAGGAAUGCAUUUCGGGAGAGGCGACUUUUCCAAUGUUAUGGAUGUUUAUGAGCCUAAAUACUGCUGGGUGUAUCGCGAUGAGUACUUUAAUGGAAUCUUUAGUGAAAGAAUCAUUAUAGAUGGAGGCCAAGGAACAUGUGUUAACGACACCCAACUGGCUGAUUGUGUCAGGUCUGGACUGAGCCAUACCAAGGAACAUAUAAAAUGUGAAAUCUGUGAUGUUCGCUGGGAAUCGUGCUGCUAUCUUGGCAAAGGGACUAUCAAAGACAGCAUAUUUCCCCGCGGCAGUUUCUUGUUCAAUGCUGUUGAAGAGCCGCCAGAGAGUUGUUGCGUUUCUAACCCAACCCCUCCACCGACGACUUCGCCACCAAAAAUAACAACUACACCCGAAACGCCUUACACGGUGACAGACACAACUGAGACAACCGUCACAAUAACACCCCCUCCAGGCACGCUCACAACGCCCACUGUUUCCACAACACCAACGCCAUCAACUACGGCGCCACCGAGUAAAUCGACCACCACAGAUCAACAGCGACCACUGGGACAUUCACUCCACCAAUAUGGUGCGUCGACGACAUCUUAG